CCUCGCAGCUAAGUAGCCAACUUGAGGUCUGAGAAAUAUGCUUUCGGACAUCCAGAACCCGGAAGUUAACACUAUGCCUGGACGUUGAAAUUCGAGCACUUAUUACGUUUGUGAUUGCGCGUGCUACGGGAUAAUCCAAAAGUCAAAACUGGGUAGUAUAUUAUAGAUGCCAAUAGCCAUGAUCGUGAUGAACUGCCCCUAUUCUUUUCCAAUAUUCCGUUCGUGUCAUUGGCAAUGGCCGAACAACGCAUCAAAGUCGCGAUCGUAGGGGGUGGGAUCGCCGGGCUUGCCCUUGCAGCAGGCCUGGCUAAGCUCUCACACAUCGACGUCCACGUAUACGAGUCCGUUCCGGAGUACAAAGAUAUUGGCGCGGGCCUGGCGCUUCAUCUAAAUGCCAUCAAGGCGAUGGCCCUGAUCGGCCCAGAACUUCGACAGGCGUACUUCGACAAGGCGCUGUCCAUGGGCGAGGAGAACGAGGAAAUGGUGACUCAGGUGAUCUUGGCGCAGGGCCCGCACUCAGGGCAACUCGUGGCCGAACUUGGUAGGGCGAAGGGGAGGAAGACGGUUAGCCGAGCGGAUCUGCUAGCCGGCUUUCUCGAGCUCGUCCCGGCGGCAUGUAUCAGCUUUGGCAAGAAGCUCGUUGGUAUCCACGAAAAGCCACCACCCUCCCACAACGACGAUCAUGACCACAAAGUCACUCUAGUCUUCGCAGACGGGACCAAUGCAGUGGCAGACUGCCUCUUAGGCGCAGACGGCAUCCACAGCCCAACGCGGCGCCACAUCCUCGGCGCAGACCACCCCGCCGCGACCCCCAAGAACCACGACGGCUGGCAGAUCUACCGCACCCUGGUCUCGGCCGAGGAGGCCCGCAAGCACAUCGACGCCAAGUGGACGACCAGCGUGCCCAUCCUCCUCGGCCCCCGCGGCCACAUCAACUGUAUCCCGCUCAGCCGAAACACGCGUCUAAGCGCCGGCGUCGCCGUCCGCCGGGGCCCCUCUUCUGCCGCCGCCGCUCUCUCCCCCUCCUCUCAAACCACCCCCCCGCCGCUCGACCCCUCCCUCUACGCAGACUACACCCCCGACGCCCAACGCAUCGUCUCUCUCGUCGCCCUCGACCCCAGCGCCUCCUGGUCCGCCGCCGACCACGACCACGCCCCCUCCUACAUCCCCCUCCACCCCUCCACCCCCCCCCCACGCAUCGCAAUCCUCGGCGACGCCGCCCACGCCUCCCUCCCCUUCGCCGGCAACGGCGCCGCGCAGGCCCUCGAGGACGCCGCCGUGCUCUACCAUCUCUUCGCGCGGGGCGUCGCGUCAGCAGCGCAGAUCGGGAGCGCGCUGAUAGCGUACGACGCGGCGAGGCGGCCGCGCAGCCAGCGGGUUGUCGAGGUUGCGCGGCGGUUUGGGAGGGUGUAUGCUUUUGCGGAAGAGGAUGGGGAAGGGGAAGGGGAGGGGAGGAAGAUGAUGCACGAGGAUCCGGAGAGAAUGAGGGAGUUCUUUGCGGAGAUGGCGAGGUUCACGAAUGAGUUUGACGUAGAGGGGCAGAAUGAGGAGGCGCUGAGGGUUUUUGGGGAGGUGGAGGGGGGUGCGAGUGGGUUGAGGAAUUGAGAGGUGUGGUGGUAAGGGGGUAAAGGAGGUGGGGGUAGGUACGGUAGGGAGGGUUGAGUUGCUGUGGUCUGUCCAUUGUCAUGAGUUAAUAGGUAGUAUUCACCACAGGUUUCUGAAAUAAGGUCGAGUUUGAAAGACCUUUCUAGGAAAAUAAAAGUUAUUUGUCAAUGCC